ACAUCUUGUUGUCUUUGUAAGAGUGGAGCUCGAUCACGCCGCCGUGUCUUCCCUCUUCCCCGAAUCCUCUCAAAACUCCCUCCCGAACCUCCCCCUCUCUCCCUCCGGACCCUCGGACUCUCCCCCACCCGGAGCGCACGUCAGGUUAAUCAUCCGUGACCAAAGAUCCAGAUCUCUGCAGGCUGAUCAUCAUGGACUCUGGAGUGAUUGAAGGAGGGCUGAACGUCACGCUGACCAUCCGGCUGCUCAUGCAUGGCAAAGAAGUGGGCAGCAUUAUUGGGAAGAAAGGUGAAUCUGUGAAGAAGAUGCGGGAGGAGAGCGGUGCGCGGAUCAACAUCUCGGAAGGGAACUGCCCUGAACGCAUCAUCACGCUCGCAGGCCCCACCACCGCCAUCUUCAAGGCCUUCUCCAUGAUCAUUGAGAAGCUGGAGGAGGACAUCAGCAGCUCCAUGUCCAACAGCACGGCCACCUCCAAGCCGCCGGUGACGCUGCGGAUCGUGGUUCCGGCCAGCCAGUGCGGCUCACUCAUCGGCAAAGGAGGAUGCAAGAUCAAGGAGAUCAGGGAGUCGACUGGAGCUCAGGUACAGGUGGCAGGAGACAUGCUGCCCAACUCCACCGAGAGAGCCAUCACUAUCGCCGGGACCCCGCUGUCCAUCAUCGAGUGUGUCAAACAGAUCUGUGUGGUCAUGCUGGAGUCUCCUCCUAAAGGUGUGACCAUCCCUUACCGACCCAAACCCUCAGGAUCGCCUGUCAUUUUUGCAGGAGGACAGGCAUACGCGGUGCAGGGACAACAUGCCAUUCCUCAGCCUGAUCUUACGAAGCUCCACCAGUUGGCGAUGCAGCAGAGCCCGUUUCCUCUGGCCCCCAGUAGCCAAGGGUUCACAGCUGGGAUGGACGCCUCUGCACAGACAGGCUCUCAUGAACUGACCAUUCCUAAUGAUUUGAUUGGCUGCAUCAUCGGCCGUCAAGGUGCCAAGAUUAACGAGAUCCGUCAGAUGUCGGGCGCUCAGAUCAAGAUUGCUAACCCAGUGGAGGGAUCGAGCGACCGGCAGGUCACCAUCACCGGCUCACCCGCCAGCAUCAGCCUGGCCGAAUACCUGAUCAAUGCACGACUCUCGUCCGAGGCGACAGGAAUGGCGGCUAACUGAAGCCGCGUCCGUCUCUUCUCCUCCUCCAUCACAUUUACGCUCUCUAAAGUGCAAAAGGAAACCAAGUAUUUUCCACCUGUCUGUUCCUUUCACCCCAGCUACGCUUCAUGGAUAUACACGACUGUUUUAUUUAUUUAUUUCAUGCAGAUGUUUUUAAACUCCCUUUUGCGUACAGUUUUUAACGUCUUUCUUUGCGUAUUGUUUGGUCAGUCCACAUCACCGUGCGGAAGCGAAGGUGGAAAAAUCUGAAAAAUGCAGCGUUUUUGUUAUCUCAGAUUUUUCUUAUAAAAACCAGAAAAACUCAAAAAGAGAGCAACUGCAGACGCUAGAGCAAGCGCGUUCCCUCUGUCUGAUAUUUAUUUAUUAUUUUAAUUUAACUCUAGGAGGUUUGAGCUUUUAAAGUCCUAGACAUCGGAGCUUCGGUCUGAUCAAGCUCUGUUUUCUGCUGCGGACGGAGGCGCUUCAGGCCGCGUCUGCUCCUCGACAUUUUUGAAGAUUUGUCAUUCCUCAAGAUUUGUCUCGUUUCGUUUUUCUCUAUCCUGAAGUUGGAGAUUUUGUUGGAGGGAGGGUCGGGAGAUGCUGCAGUUUCUGAUGUUACUGCUAUAAUAAUAAUAAUAAUAAUAAUGAUGAUGAUGAUGAGUUGAAAAUAUUUCUUUUAGAGAGAGAGAGAGAGAGAGAGUAUUUUUUUUAAUCUGUAGAGCCCGAGCUGGAGGAUUCCCAAUCGACCACGUUUAUAUGAUGAUGAUGAUGAUGCGACUGAGUUACUGAUCAAUGACAUGACUAGAAGGAACUUUCUAGAAUUAACACUAGUUUCCUCUCGACUCUGCUUGAGUAAUAGUUAUGUUUUCUAUUUUAUUUUUAUUUGUUUUUCUAUUUUAUUUUUCUUGCAGGAGGAAGGAUUUAAAAAAAUACAAACCUAAAAAACCUUUUUGUGCACGUUUUCAGAAUAUUGUAGAUUUGGAGUGCAGCUGGAAUGAAGAAUUAAACAUGCAAAAUUAAACAUGAAAUGCUCAAACUA